UUUACUAAUAAAUGUUAAGACAAACUGAACUGAUGUCAACGUACGCCACGACUUCGAAAUCGAAACAUCAACAGGCGGAUGUCAACAAAACCAUGAUUUAGAUAUUUUCAUGUUGUCAUUAAAUAAAAAACGUUCAAACUAAAGUUUAAUUUUGAACUGUCAAAUUCGUUCAAAAAUGGGAAACGUUGAAAUGCAUAAGCUGGAACCUGUAAGAGCUGAUGAAAGAGAAGAAUUAGACUUGAGCACUCCUGUUGAUUACAAAACAUUCUGCAAACACAUCAAGGGUGAAUAUUCACAUAAGUGCCUGACUGAAAUUCCGUCAGCUAUAACAGACUCAAUAUCAUUACAUGAGAGAAUAAACUUAUCAUUCAAUUGCUUAUCAACUUUGCCAGAAGAACUUCCUUUACGAAUACCUCACAUAUCCUUUUUGGACCUUAGCUUUAAUAAAAUUACUACUUUACCAGAUAGUAUAGGUUUAUUUUUUCAUUUAAAAGAACUGCUUUUAUCUCAUAACCAACUAGAACAAAUUCCAUUUACUCUCUCCCGAUUGGUAAAACUUCAGAAGAUCGAUUUGUCUCACAACAACCUGAUCUCCUUGCCAGAAAAUAUUGGUGAAAUGGAGUCACUCAAAAAACUCAAUGUCAGCUGCAAUAAACUGACUUGUCUUCCUAAAUCUCUCGGUUACAGUGAAACUAUUGAAGUUCUUCUUGCUGUGUCUAAUGCUUGUGAAUCACAACCGCCUCAACAUAUCUGUGAUAGUGGAUCUGUUCAAACUAUUAGGUUUUUAAAACAACUUGCAUCAGGGAAAAUCCUAUCAAAAGUGGAACGAGAAAUUAAUGUGUUUCCCAGAGUUAGAGGUAAUGUCAUUCAAACAGCAGCUGCUAAUCCUGAUUCUGCUAAAGCUCUAUAUGUUCAAAUACAAACAGCAACUAUGAACACUGCAAGUAGAAUUAGAACACCUUUGCUUCCACCUUAUGAUGCUACUCAACUGCAUCCUGAUGAACUAAAAGAUAGAAUAAUCGGUUUGCUUUACGGUGCUGUGAUUGGAGAUGCCCUAGGAAUUGCAACAGAAUUUUUGUCUUUGGAUGAAUGCCAUUUUUAUUACAAUGAAGAGACACUAACUUAUAACGAUAUCAUUCGAGAUGAGCAUAGAGUUCAUUGGAGUAGAGGGGACUGGACGUCCAAUUCUGAUCAAAUGCUUCUUGUCCUUGAUUCCUUGCUGCAAUGGGCUGGUGUGGUUGAUGAGUUAGAGUUUGCCAAACAUCUUAUUACCUGGAAGAAAAGUGGAAUUCCAGAAUUAGAGGGACGAGAAAGUUACAUGCAUUCAACUACAAUCAAUCUUGUGUUGCAAUCUCCCAAGUAUGAUGAAAAUCCACAUCAGGUUGCUGAAGAUACUCAUAAACAUGAUGGAUUUAACCUUACAAACGGAAAUAGUUCAAGUAGUCCCCAAAAAUCAUCCUUAUUCGUUGAUAGUGGUUCUCUCUCACGAGCAUUAGUACUUGGUAUACCUCGUUUUCAUGACUUGAGUGAAGUUAUUUCAAAUUCUGUCAGAAUAUGUUUAGCUACACACUUUGAUGAAAGAUGUGUCAUGACAUGUGUAACUUUAAGUGUGGCAGUUGCUUUAAUGUUGCAAGGCAAAUAUUCUUUGGAAGAAGACUCUUCAAUGGAAGAGUUGUUAAAGAGGGCAACUCAAUAUGGUUUAAACUAUAGCAAAGAUGAAGCUAUACAAAAAGAAUUCAACUAUUAUUGUUGUUGUAGUGAUUAUAAAAAUAUUGGAAUUUCUGAAGUUGGAAAAGCAUGUCAUCCUUUUAAAGCAUGCGCAGCUGCUUUUACAGGUCUUCGGUCUGGGGCAGAUUUUAAAAGUGCUCUGAGCAGUUUGUUGAUGCUUGGGGGUUACAGUAGCAUGACUGGCUGCAUUAGUGGUUCAUUACUUGGCUGCAAAUAUGGCUAUUCUCGACUUCCAAAACUCUGGAUUGAUGGUUUGAAGCCUAAAAAUAAAGAAUAUUUAAAUUCUAAAAUCAAUUCUCUGCUAGAUAUGAUGGGCCUGCCUUAAUCUUUAGUCAUUGUGUUACUUUUUGUAUUAUAAAAUUACAUAUUUUUUAAAUUAGUGCUAUACUAUAUUGCAAUCUUGACAGCUAUAUUAUUAUUUUUUCUUUAAAAAUAUAUGUUAUUAUUGUUACAGAGUCAUUUUAGUUCAUAUGUCUUGUCUGAUAUUUUGGAAAUUGUGAUUUGAAAAAAAAAUAUGUAUAUUAUUUUUUAAAAUUUGCUUUUAGUUGUUUUGUUAUAGAACAUUUUAUUUUAUACCUUAAUCAAUUGAUAUUUUAAAAGCAGUGUUCAUUAGCUGUGUGACAUGUUUCUAACUAUUCUAAAAAAGAUCUUAUUUAUUACAUGUUUCCCUUUAAAGCUGAAAUAUAACAAUAUUGAUAUUCAAAAAUUUUAGGUAGCUUGAACUUUAACAUUAGAUAACUAAGUUAAUUUUGUUUCCAGUAAAAGUUACUAAAAGGCUAGCAAAAUUUCAAUUUUCCAAGACCAUAAAUUGAGUAAUUAAAAAUAUAAUAAUUUUAGUCAUAAUUUUUUUAAAAAAACAUUAUUAAAAUAAAAUUUCUUUUUAAGUAAGCGACAUGAAUAUAUUUUAACAAUUAUUAAUAAAAUAAAAAGUUUUGACGUCUUGUGAAAUGGUAUGCUGUCAUCUUAUAAAUAUUUCAAAUUUUUUUAUUUGUAAUUUGAAUACCGUAAGCAUGAAAAAAAAUCAAAUUGAUCCUCUAACUAACAAAAGGAUUUAGGAUUGUUUUUUUUUUCAUUUCUCAUAUUCAGACUUAUCAUCAGACUAAUUUCCAAUAUAUAUAUAUAUAUAUAUAAAGCAUGAAGGUUGGAAGAGAUUUCAGGAUGCCUAGCAAUCUGUAUAAUCUAGAAAGCU